AUGAAAGGAGAGGAGAGGGAGGGGAAGAGAUGGAAAGAGGAGAGGAGAGGAAAGGAGAGGGAGGGAAGGAGAUGGAAAGAGGGGAGAGCAGAGGAGAAGGGAAGGGAGAGAGGAGAUGGAAAGAGGGGAGAGGAGAGAGGUGCAGAAGAGGAAGGGGAGGAGAUAGGAGGAGGGAGUAAGGGAGAGAGGAAAGGGGAGGAGGGAGUGGAGGAGAUGGAAAGAGGGGAGAAUGGAGCAGAGGAGAGAGGAGGUUAUGGCGCAUUUCACGGUGGCCUGAGCACCUCAUCAGUGUUCCGCCGCCUGCGCCCCUGGCAGGGAAACAAACAGGCCCCCGGGGAGCACAGCCUGGGGGGUGGGGACAAGGGACCCUCUGCGGAAACCUCUGUGGCGCCCGAGUCAAACGGUUGCGCUUGGCUGCGGGGGGAAAAGACGAGAAUGGGAGGUGCUCGGCAGGCAAGGGGGAUUGGGGUUAAGGAGAUGUUAACGGAUACCAUUAAUGUUAUAUGUCUUCUUCCCCAAGAGGUGUAA